AUGCAAUCAUUCAUUCUUCUGGUGAGACUCAUUCACGCUCACCUUGUCGAAUAUGAUGACGCACUCGGCAGACAGAAACGCUCUUCAGCUUCCUGUCAAGCCAAGCUCGCAACCAAAGCUCGCAGCUGCUUGGCGAAUUUCAUAGCAGGCGGAGCAAGCGAAGAGAAGACCUGCACUAGGUGAGUCGGUGGGCACGUCACUCUCGCACCUCCUCGCCAUGUCGGUGACCAUCUCGCAGAUCAGCCUGUGCCACGGUCACUCACACCCAUCUGCACGUCAGGGCAGGCCACGGCAGCGAGGCACGACAGGACAGACAGAAAAGAGCCGAAAAACGGGGCGCCAAUUCACUUGAGGUGUCGAUCUCUGUGUGUGCAGGAACGGGACUCUUCUGCACACACAUACGCACACACCGGUAAGCAUGACAUCAGCCGGCAGGAAGGAGAGUCGGAGGGGGUGCCCGAGACAUAGUGUCUCUGUGUUUAUUCACUCAGGCAUCAUGAGUAGCACUAACGAGCACUGCCUAGGUGGGCACUCUUGAUACAUGGGAUGUCGCAUCUGAGGCGUAUCUUUCUGUUUGUUCUUCGCCCCUCCCUCAGUUUUCAUCGCAGCCCUCGACCUGGCUCCCCACGGCGGACCGGUUCACGACGCGCAGCUGGACCACCACGGCAAGCGGCUGGCGACUGCGUCGGCGGACCAGUCCAUCCGGAUCUGGGACGUGUCGACGGAGAGGCCGUCGUUCGUGGCGGAGCUCAAGGGCCACGCGGGCCCCGUGUGGCAGGUGACCUGGUCGCACCCCAAGUUCGGCAGCUGCCUGGCGUCGUGCGGCUCCGACAAGAGGGUUCAUCGUGUGGAAGAAGGAGAUGGGCAUGAGCCACGAGGGAGGGGCAGACGGCGGGCAGGGCGAGAACUGGCAGCUGGUCUACGAGAGCCAAGACCACGGGGCGUCCGUCAAUGGGGUGGCCUGGGCGCCGUGGCAGUACGGGCCGUAUCUCGCUUCAGGUGAGUGACCAACACUCGGUGACCGACCGACAGAGAGAGGAGAGGGAGAUCUGAUGACGCAUUCGUUUUCUUCUCUCUCUAUGUGUGUGUCGCAGCGUCGUCUGACGGCAAGAUCGGCAUUCUGCAUCACAGCCCCGCCGACCAGCAGUGGGUGCGCACCGAGUUCCACGCCCACACCAACGGUGUGAACGCCGUAUCCUGGGCCCCCAGCGGCCCCGCCACACACGGGCCAUCACUCGGUCCCAUGAGGAUGGUCAGCGGCGGAGCCGACAACCAGGUGAACGAAUGGGCGAUGGACGAGGGGAGGGAGGGAGACCACUGGUACAUCAUAGGUGUGUGGUAGAGUGUAUGUCGUGUGUGUGUUUAGGUGAAGCUGUGGCAGUACGACGACCGGUCCCAGAAGUGGGUCGAGCUCGCGGGCAUCGACGCGGAGAACGGCCACACUGACGUCAUCAGGGACGUGGCAUGGCGGCCCAACAUAGUGGGGGCCCCCAGCAGCACCAUCGCCUCAUGCUCAGAGGACAAGACGGUCAUCAUUUGGACACAGGUGACACACACACACACACACACAUAUAUACACACAGCCCCCUAUAGGCACCAAUCACUGCAUGUGUCUGUGUGUGUUAGGAGAUGGAGGGUCAGCCAUGGAAGAAGGCCCAGGUGAUCCAGCUGGACGGCCCCGUCAGGCGCGUCGACUGGUCCGUCUCCGGCAGCCUCCUCGCCGUGGCCUGCGCCGACAAGCAGGUGCUCCUCUACAAGGAGAACCUCCAGGGCAAGUGGGAGGAGAUGAUCACCAACCUCAGCCACACACAAGCGCCACCACCUCUACAGCAGCAGCAGCAUGGCCAGCCGGAGGAGCUCCUCCCGGCAGGUGUGCACAGGACAGCAAAGAAAGAAGUCACACACUCGUUGCUUCUCACUCUCCGUCAUCUUAUGUUUGUUGUAGCCCCGCCUGAAGGGUGGCUGCCGGGAGACGAGCGGAGGGUGCCCAUGUGGGCCUAUCUAAUGCGAGGCGAGAGGGACCUACGAGAUGGCGACACCGACGACCAAGCGGCUGGUAUGUGUGUGUGUGUGUGUGUGUGGUGGAGUGGAGUGCGGGAGAUUGUAUGUGUCCGUCCGUCUUGUUUGUUUUGUCUGACUGUAUGCAGCCCAUCGCAUGCAGCAGGUCCUGGCCUUCGGCGGCGUCAAGCUACAACAGUCAGAGGACACUGGAGCGGGUAACAGAUAUAUAUGGAGUCCAGCCACACGUGCCGCGCACACUCAUUGUGGUUGCCGCUUAUAUGUUGUGUGCAGGCCGGGGCGACACCAACACCAACGACGACGACACCAACGACACCAAGCACAAGCCAGCAAUGCUUCGGGGAGAAGAGAAGUCUGACACAACUAAGGUCCAUUGCUGCUGUCUGCGUGUGUUGUCGUGUGUGUGUGCAGGGUGUCGCCAUGGGGACGAUGUCGACCAGGGUACGUGAGCCAGAAUGACACGAAGGGCAGCCGAACACGCCGACCAUCGUCCCAUUGUCUCCCAUGUGUGCAGGAGUCCCUCCCCGCGUCACCAACGGCCAAGGCCAAGCCCAAGGUAUCCACACACGAGCAGCAGUAUCGUGACGCACACAAACACAGACACAUUGCCCUUCUGUGGCCUGUGUGUGUGGUUGGUCGGGUGCAGCAGCCUGCCUUCCACGCCCAGCCAGCCGAGCAGCAGGAGGACGACCAAGAGGACGACCACAGCCCAGAGAAACAAGAAGGUACUACGUCAAUACCUAGAGAGAUACGCGUACAUCUGUCCUAUAGCACAUGGGGGCUUCCGUGUUCGUUGUCUCAUGUCAUUUCUGCAGGAGAGGAGCAAGACGACGCGACGGCCGCGCAGAGGGCGGGUAGGAGGAAUCAAUCAGUGAUCAUCGCACGGCAGAGAUGGACGUGCUCACUGUGUCUGUGGUGCUGCAGCCGUGGAGCGGACCGAGCGGGAGGGCAUCGACGAGGAGGCCUCGGAUGACCACGAGGGUAUGUCUGUGUGUGUGAGGGCGACACAUCACUAUGCACACACACACCGUUGUGUGUUGGGCUGUGUGUAUCGAUUGCAGAUGUCUGGGUAGAGGAUGACCAGCGACAGCACGACCACACUGUUCACAGCCACCCGCAGUGGUUUUUGGGCGGUCACGGCGACGGUAAGAGUGCGUUGAUGUCUGAGAGGGUAAGGAUAAAGGCCUUGCCAUUGUUGCGUUGGGUGAUUCAGACGAGCAGCGGCCUGACGACGACAGAGCCGAGCUGGCGGCAGGUACGUAUUCACCGCAUGGGCAUGAAGACACACACAUGUCAAGUCAACGGAUGUCUGUUCUGUGUGUACGCCCACUGAUGGAUUGCAGAGGACGACGAGCGGCCUGAGGUCGACAAUGAGGCGCCGGAGAUCGCUGAGGUGGUGGUCCAGCAGCAGGCCCAGCAGCAGCAGGGCGAGCAGCAGCAGGACCAAGAGGAGCAGGCGCCAGAGGCCGUUGGAUGGACUCCUGGAGUCGUGCUAGCGACGGUGAGCGCAUCAUCAGUGUGUCCAUACGUACACACACCCAUUGUCGCUUCCUGCUGUGUUGUGUCAGCGCGUCAUCACGAAAACCAUUGGCUACAGAGUGGUGGUUCGUGAGCGACACACAUGAGUGGAUGGAUGGACUGAUGUGUGUCCGCAUCUCGCGCUUUCUGUUUGUCUCUGUGUGCCUGGUGUGUCAGGCGGUCGUGCCCUCGCCCAGUCGCCCGCCCACCAUCCUGAGACACAGCUGGCUCCCACAGCCGGUGGGUGAAUGGAUGGACGUCAGGGAGGAGGUCUUCAUGAGGGAUCUCCCUGGUGCGUUGUGUGUUGUCAGUCGCUGCCGCUGCCCACCAUGACGCCGCCAGCUGCUCACCACCGCCGACGUGAGAUGCACUCACCGUACACAUAUACACAUACGAGUGCGGCGAAUAAGGCGGACAGACACUUAAUUGUGUGUUGACUGACCUUUGCUGUUGAAUGACCGUGUGCAGGGACAAGCGUCAAGGCCUGCUGCCGCUGAUCACUCGCUCACUCCACCGCUCCCGCCCUCACUCACUCACUCACUGCCUGCCUGCCUGCCUGCCUGACUCACUGUGUGGUCAGCACCUGCCUGCGGUUUCUCGGUGUCUCUCAGUCUGCCGCUCUCUCCCUCCCUGUGACGCGUGUGCGGGUGAUGCAUGGUGGGUGAUGGAUGGUGUGGUUGGGGAAAUUGGGUCAAGGCCAUGGAGAGGGCGCACACACACUCACACAAAGACACUUACACGCAUUGGGCUGGUCGAGUGGAUGGGUAAGUGGGUGGAUCCAGAUUUGGCUCGUGAGAUGCGUGCUCUUGGUGUGUGUGGUGCGAUUGGACGACGACUGGCCGCCUCGAUUGACUCCUUCCUUCCUCUUGACUGCCUGCCUGCCUGCCUGGGUGGCUGGCCGAUUGGUUCAUCCUUCCUCCCUCCCUUCAUCUGUUCGUUUUUUGGCCUUUUGCGCGACCGACUGACUGACUAACUGACUGACUGAUUCCAUAGCCUACUCGUCUGUCGAAGUGGAGGAGAGGGAGGGAGGGAGGGGACACGCCUCGUGGCACGCAUUCUAUCUACUGGCGGCGGGUCUGGAGGGGAAGGGCUGCUCUUCUACAGUGACUGACUACUCGCUGACUCACUCACUGCAUCACUCACUGCCCCAUGCGAUUCGCUGGCCUACAUGUCUGUCGGUGCCAUCGUCUCGCCCGGCUGCCUGCCUGUCUAUCUGCCUGUCGAUCUACUCG